ACUCACGUGGGACAGCUCACAAUUGCCUAGGACUCCAGCUCCAAGGGAUCCGAUGCCUCUGGCCUCCGUGUGUAAGCAUUACAGCUCGGAUGUACCCUGGCAGCCGAGAGCCAAGGAAUUACUACCAAGUCACACCGCACACCAAACCUUACCCAAGAGAUUUAUUGGGAGGGAAAACGGGGGCGGCUGCCUCUGCUGGAGCGAGAAAGGGCAGCAAACGGAACAGGAGACAGGGCUUAUUUAGAGCGUCUUGGAAAGGGGGUGGAAUUCUUCAGGGUGGAGCUUUCCAGGGUGGAGAGUGGUGGGAUGUCAUGUCCAGAGAGUGGGCUUUUGAACUCUGUAGCGUGGGGGCAGGUCCAGCAGUUCGAGUAUUCUGUGGGUGGAACCUGGCAGACAGAGGUCCUCAGGGGAGGGGCUUACACGGUGGGCGCCUGCACACACAUGCCCAUGUGCACAGACACAAACAUAAUCUAGAAAUAAAAGAGGAGGGGGUGGGACAAAAAUUGAAGCACAGAGGUAAGAGAGAGGGUGAGAGAGAGGUCCUUCAGAGCAGCUGGUGAGUGCCAGAGGUGCAGACACAGGACCAUCCUCAAGGGAAGAAUGGUAGGUGUACAUCUUUAGGACUCCUGCCUGCUGGGCUGAACACGGGGACACAAGCCUUGAAUUUCAGCACUAAAGAGACAGAGCAGAGGCCCGUGGAUCUCUAUGACUUGGAGGCCAGUUUGAUAUACAUAGGGAGUUCCAGGCCAGCCUGGAUCACAAAGUAAGACCCUGUCUCCAGAGUGCAGGUACGUCGGUCUGUGAGAGACCGCUGUAGUUACUCCAUUUGCGGCUAAGACACUGGUGGUGAGGAUCUGAGUUACUCCAUAGCUGCUCCUGGCCUGGGGAGGUGUGGCGAGGGUGUCUCGAGUCUCGGGCUGCUUAUUGGCAGUGAGGUGGGCGUGGCAAGCGGGGCAGCAGAACGACUCUACGCAGGCGCCAAGCUCACUGGUUCCCAUGGGGACGAGGACCCACGCGCCCCAACGGCUUAGCAACUGUUCUGUCCCAGACUUUGGUCAGGCCACUGGAGUCCGUCAGUUUCCCCAUUCCGACUGCUGCCCAAAGCCAAACGAAUCCUGGCCCACGGCAUGGGCGACCUGGAGCUGCUGCUGCCUGGGGAGGCUGAUGUGCUGGUGCGGGGCCUGCACAGCUUCCAGCUACGGGAGAUGGGAUCCGAAGGGUGGAAUAAGCAGCAUGAGAACCUGGAGAAGCUGAACAUGCAAGCCAUCCUUGACGCCACUGUUAGCCAGGGUGAGCCCAUCCAGGAACUGCUGGUCACCCAUGGGAAGAUCCCAACGCUGGUGGAGGAGCUGAUUGCUGUGGAGAUGUGGAAACAGAAGGUGUUCCCGGUCCUAUGCAAGCUAGAGGAUUUCAAGCCUCAGAAUACUUUCCCCAUAUACAUGGUGGUACACCAUGAGGCAUCCAUCAUCAAUCUUCUAGAGACAGUGUUCUUCCACAAGGAGGUGUGUGAGUCAGCAGAUGACAAGGUAUUGGACCUCGUGGACUAUUGCCACCGAAAGCUGAUACUGCUGGUGGCCCGGAACGGCUGUGGUGACCCAUCUGAGGAGGAACGGCCCCAGGACAGUACCCCUAUGCAAGAGCUGCAGAAACAGGCCGAGAUGAUGGAAUUCGAGAUCUCACUGAAAGCCCUCUCCGUCCUCCGCUACAUCACAGAUUGUGUGGAUAGCCUUUCCCUGAGUACCUUGAACCGCAUGCUCAGUACUCACAACUUGCCCUGCCUCCUGGUGGAGCUGCUGGAGCACAGUCCCUGGAGCCGGCGGGAAGGAGGCAAGCUGCAGCAAUUUGAGAAUGGCCGCUGGCAGACAGUGGCCCCCUCAGAGCAGCAAAGGCUGAACAAGCUGGAUGGGCAAGUGUGGAUCUCGCUGUACAACCUGCUGCUCAGCCCUGAGGCCCAAGCCCGAUAUUGCCUUACCAGCUUCGUGAAGGGACAGCUGCUUAAGCUUCAGGCCUACCUCACGGAUACACUGCUUGACCAGCUGCCCAACCUGGCCGACCUGAAGGGUUUCCUGGCCCACCUGGCCCUGGCUGAAACCCAGCCCCCUAAGAAGGACCUAGUGUUGGAACAGAUCCCAGAAAUCUGGGAUCGGCUGGAGCGCGAGAACAAAGGCAAAUGGCAGGCUAUCGCUAAGCACCAGCUGCAGCACGUGUUCAACCCCUCAGAUCAGGAUCUUCGCCGGCAGGCCCAGAGGUGGGCUGAAACCUACAGGCUGGACGUCCUAGAGGCCAUAGCUCCAGAGAGGCCCCGCUGUGCUUACUGUAAUGCGGAGGCCUCCAAGCGCUGCUCCAGAUGCCAGAGUGUGUGGUAUUGCUGCAGGGAGUGCCAAGUCAAGCACUGGGAGAAGCACGCAAAGACGUGCGUUCUGGCAGCCCAAGGUGACAGAGCCAAGUGAAGGCUGCCGCCGCUGAGGGCCGACGGAGGAGCUCACCCAGGAUGUGACUCUGAGCCUCAGGAGCUCUGCCUGGUCCCUGCCAGACCUCAAUUUCCCUGGUGGUGAGCGCAGCUGAGUCAAGUAAAGCUGCAAACCACCACCACCCGACAUAUACACAAGCAAAAGACUCUUCACUUCCUGCCCCACCCAGCGAAUGCGCAGAGAACAGAACUCGGCCGCAGCAUCAGCAAACUGGCAGGCAGGGUUGGGGGGGCGUAAGCAAGGGCCGGAUGUGGAGACCCUCUUCCUUUAUCAGAGUAAAACGGACUCAUGAAAUGAA